UUCAUGUAGAAGUUAAGAAAAAAAUCACUGAUGCCUUUCCUGGAGGUAUGCUUGCCAUACAUAAACCAAAAUCUUUGCUUUACACUUCUGGUGCGAAUUGGGUAUAUCAACCUGACCCAUCUUUGAAGCAGAUUUUGCGAAGGAGGCUUAAAAGUCAUUAUGAAAAAUUUAUUUUAGGGCAUUUUGACAAAUUGAAUCUUCCGCUAUAUCUCUUCCUUUCUGAGGCUGGUACCGGAAAAUCUCGAAAUGCUAAUAAAUUCCACAAGACAGCAAUCACAUGUUUGUCAGCUCAAGAAGAUGGGGAGCUGUUAACUAGGAUCAAAGAAGCUUGGGUAUUCCUUGUCAGUUAUGAGAAUGGCUUCACCUUACGAUCAGAUGAAUCCUACCCUUAUCUUGCCAUUGGUACUCAUCCGUUGGAUGUUGUGUCAUUGAUUGCCAAACACCAUAACAAAGACUUGAAAAACGUUACAGUCAUUUUGGUUGUUAACGAUCUUGCAUUUAGUGGCACUUUUGUAAUACCCAUUUGUAUCUCAACUAUUACCGGGCCGAUUGAUGGAGAUAGCUUGGUCCCAGUCUUUAAAAAUGAUGAGGUUACUAAUACUCUUGUGGAAGACUGCGGAGUGCAUGGAAGGGCUCUAGAAGUUCUGAAUGAUUGCUUGGACGGUCGUAAAAUUGAAGAAUGCAACGCCGAUACUUUGAUGAACGAUCUGCAUUAUAACCUUACUGAAAAAUACCGUGAUGCUAUUUUUAGUUCUGUGGAAGAUGCUAGAUAUAAACAUAUUCCCAAAACUGACAAAACACCAGAUGAAUUUGUUAGGGGUGGGUUGAUUCGAUUCGAGCAAAUAGAAAAUAGAGUUCCAAUACUUCAAGAUUGGGAAUUCGCUGAUUAUGGGAAGCAAAGAGCACUCUUGAAUCCAGUAACAUCAUUGCAAGCCAAAUCAUGGCAGAGUUUUGAAAAUUUUGUUAUGUCAUUUCAUUGUAUAAAGUCAGCUGUGAUUGAAGAAGCUUCAUCGUAUGGAGAUCCCUUCCUUACAUUAGAUCAGCCAAAUACCGAGAGUCCAAACAAAAUUCACCAAUUUAAAUUGCAAAAAAAAGCAGUCAGUCAAGAAAAUUUCCAAAAAGAACGUGAAAAAUCUGCAUUGGAAAAUGAUUUUUUCAUCCUCUUUACAACUGCAAAUUGUAAUAUUGAUAUUCCGAAACAGUCUGGAAUUGUAGAUGGAAAAGCCUUUACGAACUAUUUUGGACUUUUUGCUGGAAGAGCAUACAAAUCCGCUAUGACUAAUCCCUCUAUCUAUAAUAUAGUCAAGAAUAUCCAUACCAUUUCUCCUGGGCAACUCUGCAGCAUGAAUCAAAUGAGCAAAGAAUGA